CACCCCCGCCGCCUUCCACCUCGCCUCCUGCCGCGUACGUGCCAUGGCGACGGAGAGCGACGGUGACCUGGGUUCCGGCAGCCAGAGAGUUAGAGCUUUGAAGCUACCCUGGCCAAAGGAUGCUGAGUCCGGAGCGCCUAGCCCUACCGGACUACGAGUAUCUGGCUCAGCGACAUGUGCUCACGUACAUGGAGGACGCAGUGUGCCAGCUGCUAGAGAACAGGGAAGAAAUUAGCCAAUAUGGCAUUGCCAGGUUCUUCACUGAAUACUUUAAUAGUGUAUGUCAGGGAACUCACAUUCUCUUUCGAGAAUUCAGCUUCAUCCAAGCCACUCCGCACAAUAGGGCAUCAUUCUUACGGGCCUUCUGGAGAUGCUUCAGAACUGUGGGGAAAAAUGGUGAUUUGCUGACUAUGAGAGAAUAUCACUGUUUGCUGCAAUUGCUGUGCCCAGAUUUCCCACUGGAGCUCACUCAGAAAGCAGCCAGGAUUGUGCUCAUGGAUGAUGCCAUGGACUGCUUGAUGUCUUUUUCAGAUUUCCUUUUUGCCUUCCAGAUCCAGUUUUACUAUUCAGAAUUCCUGGAGAGUGUGGCUGCCAUCUAUCAGGACCUGCUAACAGGCAAGAACCCCAAUACGGUGAUUGUGCCAACAUCGUCCAGCGGUCAACACCGUCAGCGGCCUGCCUUGGGCGAGGCUAGCAUGCUGGAGGGAGUAGAGGCGUCGCUGUUCUGCCAGUGCCUGGAGAACCUGUGUGAUCGGUACAAGUACAGCUGCCCACCCCCAGCUCUGGUCAAAGAGGUCCUAAGCAACGUUCAGAGACUGACCUUCUAUGGAUUCCUUGUGGCUCUCUCAAAGCAUAACGGAAUCAACCAAGCCCUAGGAGCUUUGCCUGACAAGGGGGACCUGAUGCAUGAUCCAGCCAUGGAUGAAGAGCUGGAAAGGCUGGUGGUGAGGUCAAGGCUGCACUGGACCUGGCAGCAGCACAGGGCCGAGGAGCCAGGGGCCUUUGGCUUUCAGAGAAGAGAGAAGCUGGAGGCCCUGGAGAGAGUGCCCUCAGCUUCUGCACCAACGUCCUACCAGUAUCAGUGGGAGCCCAGAGAGUGAGGCAAGGGGCCUGCACUGGCAGGGAGGCAGGAUCCAGAGAGGACACUUCAGCUCAGAUCAACAGGGGCCCUGGGCCCCAGAGGGGCUUUAUUUUGACACCAUUUUGUUUCAAUACAAACAGUCCAGAAAGAAAAGUCACAUCCUUUUGGGGGAGGGGGUAGAGUGGUCUGUGUUGCUUGGGACCCUAACCCACAACCCAAAGGGAGGGCUGGGCCCAGACUGCCAGCAAGGCAGGGGAAGAUGGCACCAAGGACGACACAGUGCAAGGCCCAGCUGCCAGAGGGGAAGGCCUGAAGCUCUGCAGCCCCUCAAGUGCUCACUGGUGGGGUGCUGUACAGACCUAAGCCCAGGAUGAUGCAGAAGAAAGGUGAGUCCCAGGGGCCUGCUUCUGUCCCUCAUGUCCUCUGCUUCCUUAGCCGGUAGUAGGCACACAGCCUCCCAAGUCAGGGUGCAGGGCAGAUGAGACCCACCAAGGCCACCGACCAGGCAAAGAAGGGGCAGAGAAAAGUCUCAGGAGGGGCAGAGGGUCCUGUGGUCCAGAGAUACCCAAGAGAAGUAAUCCUCCCCCUGACAGUCCAAGUGAGCACUCUUAAAAGGGGUGGUAAGGCAGGAAAGGAGCAGAAGAGCACUCGAGCCUCUAGUCUGAUCCCAAAUGAAACCUUCAGGUUCCAGGUGAAGUUUCUAGCCCUUAGUAAGGCCCAGACGAAGGUCCAUCUCCUCCCAUGCCCUCUCCUAGCAUCCAGAAGCCCCUGGUGGCAGGAGCAGUAAGUCCAGAGCCUCUCUUCCCUGGGGUUGGUCAAUAGCAGAACUCUUUCCAGGCCUCUCCCCCACUGGUUCCAGAGGACUAAGGCCCAAGCCCCAGACUACCCAGAAGGAUCCUAGAGCCAGCAAAAAAAGCCUCACUCUUUUCAUUCUCCCUACUUGAGGAAGGGCUGGACCCAGAAAAAGCCACCCUAAGGGAAAUCCCUCCCCUUACUCCCAGUGUGUCAGGGCAAGUGAGCAGCAGCUUUGGGGUGUAGGACUGGAAGGACAGUAAUCUGGCACACAAGAAAAGGGAUAUGAGGGGAACAGAAUAAAGGGCUCAAUCCACAGGCAGAGGACAAGGGCUGGUACUGACCAUUCCCCUCACCCAAGGUCCUCAAAAGCCACCCGGCUCACACACCACACAUAUAAAGUAACAAAUCCUCCAUAGCUUCCCCAAGGCAAGCAUCCCUGGCCUGGGAAUCAGGUUUCUUGCUGUUACCAACAAAGGCCUGAGCCCUGGAGCCCGAUCAGUAGGAACCAUAGCGAUCCUGGAGGUGGGGGAAAGAAAAACAAGGUCAGUCUCUAACCUGCAGUGCCUUCCCACCUCUCCCCCAAUACACACCACAGCAGAAGUGGGACUACAGGGGGCUCUGAGCACCCACAAGGUGGGAGUUCACAGUGACAUCAGGUGGGCCUCCAACCACCAGUGUCACCACAGCAGAGACUUUUUAUAUUUUAUUGACUUGGGAAGGGGGUUGUGGUCAGAACCCAAGGAGGAAGCCUGCCUGAUCUCACAGAGCUGGGAAGGGAUAAAGAAAGAGUGGUACUCCAUUAAGUGUGGGCUGUACCUAGUGACUUCCUUCCAAAAAAAAAGAAAGAAUGGCACAGGUGACAGGACUGGGGAAAAGAUCAAUGUGGACACAGCAUCAUUUUAUCAUUUUAGGGAGAGGCCUCAGCCCGGCGAAGAACUCAAAGGAAGGAUGCUGCCCCUCCAAGAAAACAAAGUGCUGUCUCUGAGGUCAAGGGUGUCUACCCAGCAACAGUCAACAGUGUAUGAGCAUGGUAGAGAAGGCAAACCUCUAAGCAAUACAUGUUAGACCCCUUCCUACCCCAGGUCAAGCAGCCUCACCUGCAAAGAAUUCAUCACACCAUUAGCUAGCACAGCCAUCUUCCCAGCCACAGACUUGACACCCUGUUUAAACUGUGCAAUGUCAGCUGUAGGGAGCACAUUCCCCAGAGAUACACUGCCUGUAAGCACAAGGGAAGGGGUGACCCGGAGCCCUGCAAGAAGUCCUUCCCAUCCAACAGGGCCCUCCAGCAUAGCUCACAGGCCUCCUUUGUUAUCUACCACCCCUUUGGGGCCCCACCUGCUCCAUGAGUGCCAUCCACUUCCCCAAAGAGGUCUGAAGAGCUGAUGGCGCUGCUGCCUGAGAGCUGCUGUAACCGAGACCGGGCUUCAUGCUGUGGGGAAGAAAAGGCAAGGCCCUGGGGAUGUUUUGGCCAAUGACCCAGGACCCAUGAAGGCCAAAGUGGUGGCAGGGAGGAAGCUCUGCAUCUAGGACCUGCUUCCCCCAGCCUCAGGGUAGCCAACUCCACUUACCUCGGCAUCCACCUCCCGCCCAAAGAACAUGUCAGACGAGAUGGCUUUGGCUCCUGCAAAUUUCUGACACGCCUCAUUGGACUCGGGGCCUGAGCUCCGGAUCUCCACUUCCCUCCGGUUUGUGGCUCUGAGGGAUGGAUGUGCAACAACAUCUCUAACCCUUCCCAUGACACCAAGGGAGGCAGAGUUCAGAGGUCAAAGAAAGUACCAAAGACUUUUAUUAAUCUUCCACCAAAAAACACUGUGAAGAUGGCUUACUGUCCCCAGUCUACCUGGGGCCCUCUCCCAUGCAUGAGGAGCCUCCAAAGGGAUGCUCUGAGAGCCCUCCCCUCACAAUGAAGACAAGGCACAGAGAGCUUAUGGGCUCUGCCCCAAACCACUAGAGCUUAUGUCAAGGUUCAGGAGGUCACUACUGCUACACCAACUACUAAACUGCUUGCCUAAGACUAGGGGGAUGAUAUGUCUUGGUCUGCCAAGGAUAGUCCUCGUUUAUGCCUACUCUCCUAUCAUAAUUAUUAAUAGUAUCCCACUUUUACUGUCAAAAGCACCCUAGUGUGGAUGAAAAACUGUAUGGUCACUCCUACCUAACGCUGAAUUAGCACAGAUACUGGCCAAGGUGUUGUACCAGUUUCAUUAUAUUUAAUUCAAUUACAUUUAAUAUAAUUUAAUCCUUCCAGUGACCCUGUGAAGUAGUUACUUAUAUCCCCAUUUUACACAUGGAUGAUUUACAAAUCACUUAUCAAUUAGUAGAUUAAAACAGGAUAAUGGUUUUUUUGAUAAACUGAAAAAUAAGACAGGGGCCAGAGACACUUAACUGUGGGCAGUCAGGACUGAAGCAUUAAAUCAGGCCCCUCCUGCCAGAGUAACGGGUCCCAAGCAAACGAGGCUCCCAGGCCCUCUGUGAUAAUACAACACACUUCCAACCAAAGCCUGAUUCCUGUGUGUCUAAUAUGGUAGCCACCAGCCCACAUGUGGCUAUUGAAAUCUAAAUUUACUAAAAUCAAACCAAAUUAAAAUUUUAGUUCCUUUGCUGCACUUACCACAUUUCAAGGGCUCACAGCCACAUGGCUAGUAGCUACCACAUUGGACAGCAGAUUCUGAAAUUGUCCUUAAUCAGAGAAAGUUCAACUGCACAGUGCUGCCUUAGACCAUGCUACCUUUCUGAAAUAGGCCGGAUGCUUGAGAUGGUCACUUCUGGUUCCUUCUCCUCUACCCUGUCCAUACCCCAGGUGGCAUCUGUGUCCCAGCGUGAACCAAAACUUUCCCCCAAGGAGAAGGGGUUGUCCUUGUACCUGGGGAGAAAGCAGAGUGGCUCAGAGAAGCCUGAUGAGGAGCAUGGUAGCCAAGUCUGCUCCCCAACAAUAGCCUUACUUUGGGGGUCCAGAGGCGAAAGUACCAACAUCGUCAAACAAGUCCAGCUGUGAGCGGGAGGAUUUUGCACUCACUGGGGUUUCCUGCUCGAUCACCAACAUCUCAGACAGCACCGAGUGGGAGACAGAACUGUGGAAAGCAGCAGAGCCAAGGCACGAGACCAGAGGUAAACACUAGUGUCACCACACAAGAGAAGACUGACAUAAGCCUGGGUUCUCCUUUGCUGGUCACCAUCCAGAGCCUUCUCUCCCUACCUGUGCUUGGGACUGGGCAAUGCCACAGUCAGGGCCCAGCAUGUAAUGUAACAUCAAUGAGUGAAGCAGCUGGCUGUGACCCAACAGCAAGUGCUAGGGAUGUGUGAACAAAGCAGCAUGCCCCCAAAUCGUCUACACAUUAGCUAAAGUUCCCUGGCAGAUACUGUUUAUC